UUGUUCAAAAUUUUAUAAGUAAACAAAUAAUACCACGGGUCAACUUAAAAAAGGCGUAGUUAUUUUAAAGUUUUUCUUGUUUAAAACGUAUACAUGUAUAUGUGAAUUAUGGAGGCAUACGAUCUUAAUCAAAAAACGAUUUUUGUGCUAGAUCAUACACAAUAUUUUAGCAUAUCCAGCGAAGAUUACAUACCCUUAGAACUACUUAAAGGAAAACCAGGGGUAUCAGAGCCAACAAAAGAUGCAUCUGCAGCGGUUGGAACGCACGACGUUCAGUUCAGUAAAAGUUUGUGGACCUGCUCAGUAGAAUCUUCAAUAGAGUAUUGCCGUAUAGUUUGGGAUCUCUUUCCCCGAGGAAAACUAGUACGUUUCAUUGUAAGUGACACAGCGGCGCACAUUGUAAAUACUUGGAAUUUAACUACGCAAAAUAUGUCUCAUGUACUAAACGCUAUGGCUCUGGUAGGCGUACCCCAACGCAACGCAGUGCAGUCGUCAGAUUUCUCGGUUAUACAUGGGUUACGCGCUGCUAUUGAAGCACUUGCAGAACCGACAGAAAGUCAAUUUACGAAAUUGCAAGAUCGCGAAAACUCAAAUUCAUUGUCAAAUAAGGGGCGUGUAAUAUGUAUAACAUCAGCACGCGAUAACUCUAGUAUGAAAAGUCUUGAAGACAUAUUUCAUACAGUCCUUGUGCAACAGAAUACAUUGGCGGCUACACAACGCAAAAUGCUACAUAUUGACCACUGUCAUCUAGUAAUCAUUAAUGUCGUGCCCCUUAACAUUGAAUCACUUGUAACCAAUCGUGGCAAAAUGGACGUGUCAUCGGUUUUAUCCACCGAAAUUCAUACUACAUGUGCACCUAACAUUUCCAACAAAUUAACGCAUCUCAUCAUGAGCCACUACGACUUGGCAAGCACAACAGUGACGGGAAUACCCAUGAAAGAAGAGCAGAAUGCUAAUUCAAGCGCAAAUUAUGAUGUGGAAAUAUUGCAUGCACGGAAUGCACAUACUUCCAUAUGUGGAAGUGAAGCACUGCUGCCAACAAGUCGUAAAGAGGGUGCUGAAUAUGAAACAGUGACAUUAAAGUGGUGUACCCCACGAGGUUGUGGCUCGUCUGAUAUGCAGCCAUGUUUAGCACAGCAUCGUGUGACUCCGGUGGAUGUGACUUCACGCCCAAGCGCUUGCCUCAUCACGUUUCUUCUGAAUGGACGUUCUGUUUUACUUGAAAUGCCAAGAAAACCGGGUGGAAAAACAACGAGUCACUUGCUUUCGGCACGAGGCGGUGAAAUUUUUAUUCAUGCCUUACAAAUUACACGUUCUUGUCUGGAAGAUCUACCUUCAAUAUCAGAAGGUCCAGGCGGCCGAGUUACCGACUAUCGAAUUGCUGAUUUUGCAGCUUUUAUUAAAGGACACCGCUUCGUACCACUUAAAUCAAAAACGAAACCAGAAGAAAAUCUACACAAAGCUCGUGAGAGACUUCAGCGAAGAUCGAGAUAUUUUCCUCUUACACUUAACUCCAGUCUAGUAUAUAAUCUUCAGCGUAAUCUAAACUGGAUACAAUACUUCUUGCGAAAAAUUAGCAAAGAAGAUAUGGAUAAAGCAGAUGAAGCUCAAUGUCACCAAUAUAUAUUCGAACUAUAUACAGCUGCAACAAGAGGAGACCCCUUGCCAUUCCCAAACAUGGGGGGCGGUAGAUUGAAGGGAAAUAAAAAGACAGACCAAUAUAAACUUUUAUGCGCUGAAUUAGAACUUCUAAUACGUGCUUCUUCAACUACUCCACAUCAUAAAGCAAUUUUGGAACGUGUACAAAAUUUCCGAAUUGCUUGCAGAGAUUCAACGAUUAAAUCAGAAAACGAUAGUGGUCGCGACGCGGGUAGUAAAGCCGUUAUGCGAGAUUCUCCAAUGUCACCACCUCAUCCAAUGGAUACCAACAGCAAACGCAAUAUCACUGGCCCGCCACACUCAGUGUUGGAUAUCUUUAACAACAUUGAACGUAUCAAAUCUACAAAACGUGUUGAUUUCUCAGGCCGUCUUUGUACGCCAGCUGGGAAAGUUGCAAAAUUAUAUCCCAGUUUGUUCGCCAAAGAGAAGGAUCCCAAUCCAACUACGUCAUCCACAACCGUAAAAGAAGAAAGCUUGGGCAUAAAACUUGAGUUGGGGGUACGAAAUCAAACAUAAUUUUUUGUACAAUUAUUUUCCAUUAACUAAUAAAUGUCUAUGUUGGCAUACAGAA